CCUGUGUGCUCCAGGGGGAGGAGGCAGCUCCUGGAUGAUUUGGGGUCUUUCCAAGGCGGCAGGACACAGUUUGAACCGCGCUGGUGCCACAGUUACCCAACACUUUGGUGUUUUUCACCGCAGUGGGAAUUAAAAGCCAGAAAGCGACACCAGGAGCGAUGCGUAAAAUCAGUUUCACCCGCAGCUCCGACACCGCGAGGGAUGUUCCAGAGAUGGCCUGAACUUUUGAUUUCGUUUUACUUCUGGGGAGGUAACUUUUGUCCACGGUGAGAUCCUGAGGAACAGACUGACGAGGAGCUGGGAUCAUGCAGCGUGUGGAAACAAACUGUGGGUGAUCCCACCGUGGAGCAGCGCACCGCCUGCCCGCCUGUGUGCUCCUGUGGCCGGGGAGGAGAUGAGUGCUCGGGAUGGGACUGUGCCUCGGUACCGAAGUGACAGAGGAGGAGAAGAGGGCGAGGAUCCACAGUGCCAAGAUAGACAGGGACCUGUACGAGUUCGCCAAACGGGACAUGAACCUGGUGAAAAUACUCCUACUAGGUGCAGCAGAGAGCGGCAAAAGCACUUUGGUCAAACAGAUGAAGAUCAUCCACAGUAAUGGAUUCACUAAGCAAGAGCUGACCAGCUUCAAGCCUGCAGUCCUGGAUAACCUCCUGACCUCCAUGAAGUUUGUCCUCCAUGGGAUGGGGGUCCUCCGGAUUAACCUGGCUAACAGCAGGAACAAGAUCCACGCCCAUUCUGUUCUGUCGUGUGGGCGGUGUUUUGACGAAGAUCAGGUGCUCUUUCCUUUCCUGAGCCACGCCCUGUCCUGCCUGUGGACCGACCAGGGGGUGAGGGCGGCGUCAGCCCGGGGAUACGAGUACGAACUUAAUGACUCGGCGCUGUAUUUCUUUGAGAACAUGACGCGCAUCACGUCUCCAGACUACGUGCCCACAGAGACCGACGUCCUGCGUGUACGACUGAGGACGACAGGUGUGAUUGAGACCCAAUUUAAAGUCAGCCACCUCAUUUUCAGGAUGUACGAUGUUGGAGGCCAGCGAACUGAGCGCAGGAAGUGGAUCAGCUGCUUCGAGGACGUCAGGGCGGUGCUGUUCGUGGUGUCGCUCAGCGGUUACGACAUGACCCUGGUGGAGGACCCCUCCAUGAAUCGUCUGCAAGAGAGCAUGAAGCUCUUCUCCUCCAUCUGCAACAAUGUCUUCUUCCGCAGCACAUCCAUGAUAUUAUUCAUGAACAAGAUAGACCUUUUUCAAGACAAGAUUUUACACUCUGGACGACAUCUACGGUUAUACCUGACACAGUUUAAAGGAGCAGACUGCGACGUGGAUUCGGCCGCCCGCUUCAUCGCCGCCACCUUUGUUUCGCUCAACGCCACGGCCAGCAAGCUCAUCUACCACCACUUCACCACGGCGACGGACACAUCCAACAUCCAGGUCGUCUUUCAGGUGGUCAUGGACACGAUUAUCAAAGAGAACCUGGAGGCAGUGUCACUUCUGUGACUGCCAGUGGAUGUCACCGGACAGACGGCCCUGUUUGUGUUUGAAUGUUUCAUUUUAAAAGGCGAACGUAGCAAAGAAAAGGGAUUGAAGAGAACAUGAGGAUCCUCUCAACGAAGCAUUAGUUUUCUCUCUUGAGGAGCAGUCUGGGAGCUUGUGAUGCUUCAUUUCAUGUAGCGUUAAAAAACGUCUGGAAACACAUUAAGGACAGAAGACGACCACUGGCCCAAUCCUCCCAUUUCGACGUGUUUUGUGUGUGUGAGUGUGAGUGGGCAGGCAGGACACAGGGCAUGAGGAGGAUUUACUGUUUGUCCGUUACUUCCCUGGUGCUGGGCUCACUCGUGCAUACCAUGGUGUGUUUUCCACUCAUUAAUCACUGUGUCUCCGCUGUGUGCAUCCCGUGCGUCACACACCCUUCUCCUAAUGAGGCCGUGACGCAGCAAAAGCACCCUAGUUUGCGUUUACUCUUCCUCAGUUGAAAUCACAGCACACAAGGUCAUUAUCAUCUGUGCCUUCGCGCGUUCCCCCGACUCUUGCCAUUCAGAGACGAUUCCGGGACGCUUUAAUAUUGGUAAAUUUGGAAAAUAACAUGAGGAAUCAUCCCUGAAGCCUGGUGACUUGUUUCAUUUACCUACUUGAUGAUUAUUGUUGUAAUAUCUGAAACACACACACACACACACACACAAACCCUGGUUUGUCAAGCAGGAUGCUGCCUCCUCUUUGUGAUUUGUGUGACAUUAACUCGGUGAAGGCUCCCCUGAGCGACUGACUGAGCGAUCGCGGCAGCUCCUCUCUGACUCCAGUAACAAACAAGAUGUGCUAAUGACUGCUACGCUGUGAUAUGGACUCUGAAAGUGAGAGAAAGAGUUUAAAAAAACACCCCCAAGUGCCUUAUGAUGAAGUGCUUUUCUUCUGGUGUGUAAAUAAAAAUGCU